AAUAGCCAUCAUGCUGCGGCAUAUCCCGCCGCGAACUGCUCUGGCGUUGGCAACGCUCCACUGCAACGGGCCGUUACCGUUCCGAGUCGGACACAGUGGCAGUGGCAAUGAGUCAAUCCGCUGCUUCCCAGCUAAUGCUGCAGGGCUCGGCGCGGCUUACAGACGGACUCCGUCAGGCGCUUGUGCUUGAGGCGAUGCGACGUCGCGCGUUUAACGCUUUCAGUCACGUCGAUUUUGAUCACGGCGCUCUCAAUCGCGACGCUGUUGACAAUGGCGCGGCCCUUGCCCUUGCCUCGAUUGUUUCGAGAGGUAAUACUGCUAGCAAUAGCCAGCACUCCGCGCGUCACUGCCUAACGCGCGCUAGCAGUCAGAGAGGCUAGCGCUAUCGACGCCGCAACCGCCGCCGCAACCGCCGCCGCAUCAGCCGCGACGGGUCGGCUUGACCAACUGAACCGUCUUCCGCGGAGGCAUAGUUUCCAGGACGGCGACUUCCGUCAUU